AUGCCAUCAGAAGCUAAGCUUGACACAAAAGCGGAUUAUUACUCCAUUUUAAAUGUGUCAAAAAACGCAACAGCGCAAGAAAUUCGUAAACAAUAUCUAGCGCUCGCAUUCAAAUACCAUCCCGAUCGAAAUUACGGAAAUGAAAUUACUGCUGCUAAGAAAUUCCAAAAAGUGCAAACUGCUUAUGAUGUUUUAAAAGACGUAUCAAAACGACGAGUAUACGAUUCGUCCUACCAUACCAAGACUGCAGGAAGUUUUAAGCCAAAAUCUUCCUUUUAUAGUUCAUUCUCUAGUCGAAAGACUAGUGCUUAUGCGGCGUAUCGCGAGGCAACCAAGGAUCGUCAUUCUAAAAAAGACUAUCGAAAAAAGUUUGAAAACAACAAAAAUGACAACCGAUCCGGCAGAAAUGAUGUGAAAUUAAAAGAAUUUGAGUAUUUGCUUAAUGGUAAAAAAUUUUGCAAGUACGAUCCUCAGUCGGGUAUUGGAAUUCGUAUUAAACAACCUUCAACUAAAGAAGGAAGUGAAGAGACUGCUAUACCCAAAGUUAGCAGAAAGAAGAAACCUAAAUCUUCAAAUUGUCAGUCAAAAAUUGACAACCCGUUUCUAGAAAAACAACCAGAUCCUACAAAGGCGGGUGAGGACUUUCAUUCAUCUACGCCUUUUCUUCAUUCUGGUUAUAGUAAAAGUCCAUCAGAUUUGGAGUAUCCGAAGUUCAAUUUCUCACACUCAAGUUUGGAGACGAAUUUGCGAGGACCUUUCGAAUCAAAAUCUAAUGAUGGUCAGUUUUACAAAAUGGAAGACAAUAAAUCACAUACCACGGAAUUUCGUUUCAACGCAGUAAGCGCGUUUUCUACCUCUUCUGAUACCUUUUUAAAUUCCUUGACAGAUACUAGUCAGAGGUAUGAAAAUGCACCAAGGAGUAAUGAUGGUCAAUUAUUUUCCAAUAAUUUUGAGUUUUCAACUAGUAGUAAUCCGUUCAAUUUCCCGUUCGAUCAGCAGUUGAAUAGAUCUUCCAAAUAUUGUCUUGAAGAACAAACGAGCGGAAGUAAUGGAUUGCCAAAAACAAGCACGUUUACCUUUAAUGCUCACAAGAAUAUGAAAGCUUCUUAUAAUAAGUUUAUUCGAGAGAAUAAAAAUCAAUCUAAGAAGGUGGAUUCAAUGGAUGCCUCAAGUACACAAACCACGGGUUUAACGCAUAAUGCCUUUAAUCUGAAAGAAGUUUCAGGAAGCAAAUUUGAACCCAUUAACAAUAAUAAAAGUAACUUUCCUGCUCCUGCUCCAAAGACGCACGGAAAGCAUCGUGACCACGAAUGCAUGUCUUCUUGCCAAAGUACAGGUCUUUUCGAAGGUCUAUUGACGAAUAAGCAUGAACAAACUAAUAUAUUUUCUUUUACUGGCCAAGAACAAAGUCCUUGUAGUUCUAAAAAAACAGCUAAAUCUAUUGGACUUCAGUCUUCAAAGCCUAAAACGUCUUUCAAUUUUGGGAAUUCAUCGACUUUAUUAAGCUCUGGCAAAGAACAAAAUACCAGGUUUAAGGAGUUUUCUUCGACGAAUACUUCCUUUGAUCAUGAAUUUUUUGCAAAUUGCGAUAAUGCCAGUAGUGCUUUUUCUGGUUCUCCAUCUUAUUCUACCCAUCGUAAAACAAGUAUGAUGGAUAUCACGAAUAUUGAGCCAAACGAAUCGGAUCAUAAUAGAAGAUCCACACAGAGUCUGAACCCUAAAAUGGAUGCAGUGGAUGAUUUAUGUUAUAAAUUUCAGUCUAAAAAUAAAUUAGUCAGAUGA